GUGACUGUAUCCAGAUUGACCAACAUACUAAGCUGGUUGUUAACUUUAUAACGAGAAGGUCAAACAUUUUUGCCACUUCAUUAGAGACGUUUGUUGUGCUGUGAUCGAAAGUAUACAUAAGUUUACGUUUAAGACCAUGGCUAUGGAAAUGAAGUAUUUAUUGCCGUUACUGGCUAUUAUUGGAUACAGCCUACUCGAAAGCUAUUGCGUAAAUGCCGAAUCAUCUACAACACCAUGGCCUGAAUUGGGAGCUCGCCGAAGAACACAAAAUCAAAAGCAACCAACUACUGUAUCACCUGCGCGUGAUUUUGUUUCUCAACCGUCCGCGUGGAAUAAACCUUUAAUCCCACAAAUACCUGAGACAAAUCCAAUACAAAUACCCAAAAAACCUUCCAUACCGUCACAAACGCGCGACUAUGUUAAUCCAAAUAUUCAACUUUCUUACCCUAGUAAUAAUGGAGCCAACAACAAACCAGCUGUUAUUCAAAAUCAAAAUCCAAUUUUACCUGUAUCAGACCCGUCACAUUCAAGAGAUUAUGUGAAUCCUAAUAUUCAAUUGACUUAUUCUAAUGCAGCUGGAGGUUCUAAUAACAAUAAAAACCCUAGCAGCAAUAAUGCUGCAGUGCAAAGUACUCCAACUCUAAGUUCUGGUCCACCUCUCCGCGAUUAUGUAAAUCCAAAAAAUAGUGGGACUGUGUCUUACGCCAAUGCAGUUAACAAUAAUCAAAAUACAAAAGCAACAGUAGGUCCUACAAAUGGGCCACAACUAUCAACAACUCCAGCUACUCGUUUUCCAGGGAAACAUGCAGGGAUUACGAAUACCCAACAAUCAUCUACUCCAAACCCAAAAAUACGUCUAGAUGAAAAUUCUGAAUUACAAGAGUUUUCGGAGGCUUUACUUCGGAAAGAUACGAAUAAUGGUUUUAAGUAUGUUAAGGUCAACUAUCAAGGGAAGACUAGGUCUAAUUCAUUAAAGGACGAAGCGCCAGACAACUUGAUGACGAUAGAUCCAGCUGCAUAUAAAAUACCAACUAUAGAGAAAUUGAUUGCUUUGCAUAAUAAUUAUAUUGUUAUGAGUAAUCAAAAUGAAGUUUACACUGCUCAGGAACGAAUCGAAGAGAAUAACUUUUUAGAUGCCAUUUUAUCAACAUCAGUUAUGCAACACACAAGGAACUUUCUUAUUUCGAAAGGAAAAAUAUCUAAAGAUCCGAAAGACUUUAAAGAUUUACUUAGAACCAUCUGGUUCAACAUGUACUCUCGUGGUGGGGGUAAAAUAGGAUCUAGUGGUUUUGAACAUGUGUAUCUAGCCGAAAUUAAAAAUGAUGCCAUAUCAGGCCUACACAAUUGGCUGUACUUCAACGAUGAAGAGAAGAAAAAUACAGCGAAUUAUUUGGGCUACAUGAAAAAAUUGGACUUUGAUAAAGGGGCAAUUUUGAAGUUUCAUUUUAAUUUUCAACAAAUUGACAAACCAGUCGGUUCGAUGUUUAUUGGCACUAGUCCAGAGUUUGAGCUCGCAUUAUAUUCGACAUGUUUCCUGGUGAGACCCGAUGAUGUGUGCCCACUUCGAUUAGGAGGAAAGAAUUUUGUCAUUCGGACUUACACAUAUAGAUAUAGAGGGAAGAAUAUGAUUGGAAGUGCUUUCCCAGAAAUUUAAAGUGUAUAUAAUUUUUAACAACGAAUAAAAGUUUGUAAUCUUUAUAAAUAUAUAAAACUAUUGCAUUGGAUUGUCAAUACUUAUAUGUAUACUAGAAAAGUUCUACACUUGUUGUGUUCAAUGCUUCAGGGAUUGCUUUUAUCAUAUCUCUGGCGCGAUGACGAGUAAAAAUUAACAACUACUUUAACAUUUUACGUUGUAUCAAACUCUUGCUUUAGUUAUAUUUACACGUAUGUCAAAGUUGGGACUCAAUCAGCUACAUAUUAUAUUCAAUCAAUUGGUUCAACUGUGGAAGUUAUAUACCAUAAUUUUAAGGGACUUUGUUCUUGCAUUGUGAUAAUAAGUUAAUUCGAAUGCGUCAAAAAGUGUUAUCUGUAUAGACAUUUUGUUUAUCAAAAUCACGAUUGAUUGAUAUUUGUCCUUGGCAAUCCUCUUAGUUUUGAUUACAUCUUAUCAUGAAAUGACGUGUUUAAAAAUUUCCACUUACAAGUUAAUCAAACAAAAUAAUCACUUCUAAUACAAUUUUGCACCUACAUUGGAGCCAAAUCUUCAUUGGAAUGUAGAUAAAACUAAAAAAUCUAUUUAUAAUAUUUAUUUAAAAAAAAUUAUCAAAGUAAAUUCCACAAUUCUAGAAUAUUUACAAAAAUACAGAAAUCUUUAUACGCUGAAAUAUAUAAUAUCCGCACAAUUUCACAAUUUUGUUCACGACGGAUAUGAUGAAAUAGCGUGUGCAAUUAAUGUUUGUAGGUACUUCAAAUUUGUAUCAUAUUUUAACACAUCCAGAAACCCAUAAAUAAUUGAUUCAUUACGAUUAAUCUAGUCUGGUAUUUUUAAUGGGUUCAUAUUGAAUCAUUUGUAACUGGUUUUGUACGUCUCGUAAAUAAUUACGAAAUUGUGUCGGUAAAUAUAAAAGCAAUUCAAUGUUAGACAACAUUCGGUAAAUCAACUACAUUAAUUAUGUUAUUUGUCUUUAACUAAUAAUCACAGUAAAACUUAUAAUACUGAUUAGCUAUUGAAUUGGCUAGAUUAAAUUUUAUAAAUCACUUUAAUAUCACACUCAGUUCAAGAUGGCAUCACUACAAGUUUUACUUUCCGGUUAGGUUCUGAAUAUAAGGCAAUGCAGGAAUAUUCAAAACAUCGUAACAUGAUAUUUGUAGAUAUUGAAUUUGAGACCUGGGGGGAUUUUAACAACAAUUGGAAUGCAACACCCAAUAGUGUAAAAUCAUCGUUUUUGCACGACGAUGUUGAUGUUUACUACAGUAUAAACUAUCACACUUAAAGUAAAUAGAAUGUUAAUUUUUAUGUAAUUGAAGGUAGUGCUCUAUUAACAACGUUAUCAUUGAAGUACGCAAGUCUUUCUAAUCCGUUUAUGCGAAUGAGCUUUAAAUGUUUAGUGCCGGAGCCUAUUGAGAAAAAUGAUUGGUUCUUAGCAUCAAACAUCAAAUCGUACCAAUUCUGGGCUUUUAUAUUAAUGACCUAUAUCGCUUUUGCUGCAAUAAUAUUUAGUCAACAUAAAAAAUCGACAAAAAUUAAUAAAUGGAAGUUCAACAAGUUGGAUUUUUUUGCUAUAAUGCUGUCACAGGGUUUGCGUACGGAUCACUUACCAACGAAUACUUUAAUGCGUAUGUUGUUUGUUGAUUUGUUGUUGUUAACAAUCAUUUUUGUCACAAUUUACAACUCACAUAUAUCCAGUGUUAUAACAAUUCCAACUUACGUUGGCAAAAUUAACACAAUCCAAGAUAUGACAUUGAAUAAACUAAAAUGGACUGCUCCGACACAAGGGUAUGCAAUACCAUUAGAAGAAUCAAACAAAGAUCUUUUCAAUUCCUUUUUCUUGAGCACCAAACCAGAAAUAUUGGAUUAUCUGCGAAAUAAGAGACAUAUCGGGUUUGGAUUUAUUGAAUUAACAUCACGUUAUUAUGACUUAAAAAAUUUAAAUGUACCAGAAAUUGAACAUUACGACGUCUUGAAGGAUGAUUUUAUUGUAGACUAUACCUAUUUUCAUCUUCGAAAGAACUCGGUUUUGUUGGAAUCGCUGAAUGAGUUUUUAAUGCGAGUUACUGAAAGUGGUCUUCAUGUUUAUUGGGAAACGGAAAGCUAUUUUGCAAGAAAUUUACUACUAUCACAUGCACGACUUAAAGAUAAUGUCGACAAUAUUAGGAGGGCAUUAACUAUUAAUAAAUUAAAGGGUCACUUUUUGAUUUGGGGUGUUGGAAUGUGCAUUUCUAUACUUAGAUUUGGAUACGAAUUAGUAUUAUACAAAUUUCUACAUUCUAAUAGUGUUUCUACCUAAAAUUUGUUAUAUUUAUUUAUAUUUAUAAUUAAACUAUGGAUUACGUAUUCUACGAUGAAAAUAAAUUUAUAUAAUUUAAGUAGCACUUCAAAGUCAAAAUAUACCCACAUUGCAGAUGAUACGAUUGCGAAAUUAUUGAACAUCGGAUGAUUCCACUUCAACUAAAUGUGCAAACUAUUGAAUUCACUUUAAAAUCACUAUCAAACAUCAAAACAUAUUUUUUUAAAAUCAAAUUUAUCAACUAUAUAAACCCAGCUGUUUUCAGCAAAUGGUCACAUUAGUUUGUACAAAACCAUUGCAAACAUGAAAUUCGUCAACGCUUUUGUUGUACUCGUUGCCCUGGUGUGCAUGGUGGUGGCUGAUGACCCAACCACUACCCAAGCACCCGAGUUGUGCAAUAUUGUGUGCCCCAAGCCACUGCCAACUGAGACCAAACUGAUGCCAUCCCCUGAACGUUGCGAAGACUAUUGCCAGUGCGAUCCACGUGGUGCCAUUCUUCAGCACUGCCCCGUCUGGGAUCUCGAAACCGGAGCUCGUUUGUACUUCAACCCUGUAGCUUUGGUCUGCGACUGGCCUGAGUAUUCUGGCUGCUCUAACGAAUAACAACUUUGGCAGUUUAACGAAAUAAAUUCUUUUCACUAACAA